UCUACCCCCCCCCCCCCCCCCCCAACCCUAUAAAACUAACUAACCCCACCUCUUAUUUUCACUCUUUCACCCCAAAACCCCCCAAGUAAGUCUCUUUCGGAUUCUUCUUUGCCAGAAUGAGCUACUACAAUCAGCAGCAGGCUCCAGUUGGUGUUCCUCCUCCUCAGGGUUACCCACCAAAGGAUGCUUACCCACCAGCAGGCUACCCUCCACAGGGAUACCCACCUCAGCAGGGCUACCCUCCACAAGGGUAUCCUCAACAGGGCUACCCACAACAAGGCUACCCUCAACAACAGUAUGCUCAGCAUCCUCCUCAGCAACAACAGAGCUCUGGUUGCCUUGAAGGAUGUCUAGCGGCGCUUUGCUGUUGUUGCCUGUUGGAUGCUUGCUUCUGAGGGAGAUUGGAUGCUCUACAUUGCUUCAUCGCGGGGUAACAUGUCAUUGAAGUUUUACAUUUAGGAUCAAGUAAUACCGUCUGAUGUUUGGCGGUGCUGUUUAGGAUUGCGAUAUGCAGAAUCAUUUAGCUGAACAAAUUUUCUGUUUCACUUGAAUAAUAGUAGGUUGUGUUUAUGUGGAUAUUGUGGAUUAGUAGUUGACUGUUGUUUUAUCAGCUAAAUGGACCUAAUGACUUUGUCAUUUUAUUUUCGUA